AUGACGUUGCGCGCCUGCGGCCUCCCCUGCGCACGGCACUUGAACGGGGGCUGGCUUGCAUCGCCCCAACUGUCAUUGGACGCCAUUGCACAGCAAUGGGCAUCGGGCUUGUUGCAGUCUCAUCUUUUCAUCAUCAUGGGUCUACACGUGCAGGAUAUUGCGAGCGCCAUUGCUGCCGCCAGCUAUUGGAAGCUGGCGGGUGCGGUUCUGGGACUGCUUGUCAUCUACCAGGCCCUGUCCACGACGUACAACGUCUUCUUCCAUCCCCUCCGUCAUUACCCGGGCCCCUUCCUCCAAGGCGCGUCCAAGAUCCCCUGGUUCUUGCAUCAGACUGGCGGCACCCUCGCCUUCCACACGCAGGGCCUCCAUGAAAAGUAUGGCCCCGUCGUCCGCAUCGCACCCCAUCAUCUGUCCUUCACGGACCCCCAGGCCUUCAAGGAUAUCUAUGGCCACCGCAUCGGUGCCGCGUCCGACAUGCCGGAGCUGCCCAAGGCAACCAUGUUCUACCACGUCUCGCGCAGAAUCCCGCACAACAUCAUCUCAUCGACCAUCGAGGACCACCGCGGCCUGCGUCGCAGCCUGGCGCACGGCUUCAGCGACAAGGCCAUGCGCGAGCAAGAGCCCAUCAUCGGGCGCUACGUCGACCUCCUGAUGCUGCGGCUCCACGGGCUCUGCGGGGCGGCGGCCGAGGGCACGGCAGCCGUCGUCGACCUGAAGAACUACUACAACUGGACGACGUUUGACGCCAUUGGCGACCUCGUCUUUGGCGAGAGCUUCGGCUGCCUCGAGGCCAACAAGCAGCACCCCUGGGUCGACGCCAUCCUGUCGGCCGUGCACCAGGGCGCCUUUCUCAUCGGCCUCAUCUACCUCGGGUUCGGCGAGCUGGUCGAGCUCUCGCGCCUGGCGGCCAAGCCGGGACGCGCCGACCUCUUCGAGGGUGUGCUGCGGAAGCGCGACGAGCUGGGGCUGACGUUUGCCCACCUCGCCGGCAACGCGUCGCUGCUCGUCGUCGCGGGCUCGGAGACGACGGCGACGCUGCUCUCCGGCGCCACGUACCUGCUCGUCUCGAACCGACACGUGCUCGACAAGGUGACCAAGGAGGUCCGCGAGACCUUUGCCUCGGCCGUCGACAUCAACCUGUCCUCCGUCGGCGGCCUGUCGUACAUGCUGGCCGUGCUCAACGAGUCGUUCCGCUGCUACCCGCCCGUGACGUCCAACCUCGUGAGGCGUGUGCCGCUGGGCGGCCAGACGAUCGCGGGCAACUAUGUGCCUGUAGGGACGCUGGUCGAGGUGCAGCAGUGGUCUGCGAACCACUCGACCGACAACUGGGCCGACCCCUGGACGUUCCGACCGGAGCGGUUCCUCGACAGCGAGGAGGAGGCCGCGGCCAAGGGCAACAAGUUCGAGGCGCUCCAGCCGUUCAGCGUUGGUCCGAGAAACUGCAUUGGCAGGAAGUGA